CAUAACUUGACUUGAGCUGGUGGAAUAAUUGUUUUCAAUACGCAAACGAGCUUUAAAGGAAUUGACGUGUUUUCAAAGAAAGGCUACGAAGUGACACCUCGACGGCGUUGCGUCUCGCUCGUGACUUCCGGUCACAUGACCGCGCCCAGGCGUCACGUGACUCCUCGCCCCGCCUCUCCCCUCCUGGCUGCCAGGCAAGCUAGUGGACGUUAGCUCGCUAGCUUGGCCUCCCCGGAAGACGCAGACAUGGCGGACACACCCAGCCUCAGCCUCAGCCCCAGCCUCAGCCUCCCCGCGGCCCAACACAGCGACUUCCAGGAGCUGGAGGACGCCGAGGACCUGUUCCCGGAGCUGGCGGGCCCUCGGGAGGCGGACCCGGCCCGUCUGCACAUCAGCACCAAGACCAACGGGCCCAAACAGGACUCCUUCUUUGACGACGACACAGACGACCUGUUUGCAGAGGCCACAGAGGAAGUGUCCCUGGACAGUCCAGAGAGGGAAGUCCUGCUGUCUGACGGCCCCUCUCCCGCCAUCACCCCCAUCACGCCGCCAUGCUCCGUCAUCACUCCUCUCAUCGGCCACGCCCACGACCACAUGUUUACACACUCUUCCUUUGACGAGCAGGUGGAGGUGGAGGGUGGAGGUGAGGUGCACAUCAGUGUGUCAGACCCUGAGAAAGUGGGUGACGGCAUGAACGCCUACAUGGCCUACAAGGUCACCACCAAGACGUCCUCGUCUCUUUUCAGACUGGGCGAGUUCUCGGUCCGGCGGCGUUUCAGCGACUUCCUGGGCCUGCACAGCAAGCUGGCGUCCAAGUACCUCCACGUGGGCUGCAUCGUGCCGCCGGCGCCGGAGAAGAGCAUUGUGGGGAUGACCAAGGUGAAGGUGGGCAAGGAGGACCAGUCGUCCAACGACUUCGUGGAGAAGCGGCGCUUGGCGUUGGAGAGGUACCUGAUGAGGACGGCGCAGCACCCUGUCCUCCUCAAGGACCCGGACCUCCUGCAGUUCUUGGAAAGUUCUGAGCUGCCACGCGCCGUCAGCACGCAGGCACUCAGCGGCGCCGGCCUCCUCCGAAUGGUCAACAAAGCUGCCGACGCCGUCAACAAGAUGACCAUCAAGAUGAACGAGUCGGACGCCUGGUUUGAGGAGAAGCAGCAACAUUUUGAGAAUCUGGACGUCCAGCUGAGGAAACUUCACGCCAGCGUGGAGUCGCUGGUGUGUCACAGGAAAGAGUUGUCAGUCAACACGGCGCAGUUUGCCAAGUCGACGGCCAUGUUGGGCAACAGCGAGGACCACACGGCGCUGUCCCGUGCUCUGUCUCAGCUGGCGGAGGUGGAGGAGAAGAUGGAGCAGCAGCACCACCAGCAGGCCCACGCAGACUUCUACUUCCUGUCUGAGCUGCUGGGCGACUACGUGCGCCUGCUCGCCGCCGUCAAGGGCGUGUUUGAGCAGCGUGUGAAGACCUGGCAGAGAUGGCAGGACAACCAAGUCCUCCUGCACAAGAAGAGAGAGGCCCAAGUCAAACUGCACUUCAACAACAAAGUGCAGCAGGCCAAAGACCACAUCCAAGAGUUGGAGGUGAAAGUCCAACAGGGCGAGCGAGACUUUGAGAAGAUUUCUGGAAGUAUUCGCCGAGAAGUGGGACGCUUUGAGAGGGAACGUGUCAGCGACUUCAAGAAGUUCUUCAUCAAGUACUUGGAGGUCCUCGUGAGUACACAACAACAGGUAAAACAGUACACACAACAAGUAAUACAGUACACACAACAACAAGUAAUACAGUACACACAAGUAAUACAGUACACACAACAACAAGUAAUACAGUACACACAACAACAAGUAAUACAGUAUACACAACAAGUAAUACAGUACACACAACAAGUAAUACAGUACACACAACAACAAGUAAUACAGUACACACAACAAGUAAUACAGUACACACAACAACAAGUAAUACAGUACACACAACAACAAGUAAUACAGUACACACAACAAGUAAUACAGUACACACAACAACAAGUAAUACAGUACACACAACAGGUAAAACAGUACACACAACAAGUAAUACAGUACACACAACAACAGGUAAUACAGUACAACAACCGGUAAUAAAGUACAACAACAACAAGUAAUACAGUACAACAACAGGUAAUAAAGUACACAACAACAAGUAAUACAGUACACACAAGUAAUACAGUACAACAACAAGUAAUACAGUACAACAACAGGUAAUAAAGUACAACUACAGGUAAUAAAGUACACAACAACAACAAGUAAUGCAAUAUAACUACAAGUAAUAAAAUACAACAGCAAGUAAUACAGUACAACACCAGGUAAUACAGUACAACAACAAGUAAUAAAGUACAACAACAGGUAAUAAAAUACAACAACAGGUAAUAAAGUACAACAACAAGUAAUAGAGUACAACAACAGGUAAUACAGUACAACAACAAGUAAUACAGUAUAACAACAAGUAAUAGAGUACAACAACAAGUAAUACAGUACAACAACAAGUAAUGGAGUACAACAACAGGUAAUACAGUACAACAACAAGUAAUACAGUACAACAACAGGUAAUAGAGUACAACUACCGGUAAUAAAGUACAAGUACAGGUAAUAGAGUACAACAACAAGUAAUACAGUACAACAACAAGUAAUACAGUACAACAACAGGUAAUGGAUUACAACAACAGGUAAUAAAGUACAAGUACAGGUAAUAGAGUACAAGUACAGGUAAUAAAGUACAAGUACAGGUAAUAAAGUACAAGUACAGGUAAUAAAGUACAAGUACAGGUAAUAAAGUACAAGUACAGGUAAUAGAGUACAACAACAAGUAAUAGAGUACAACAACAACUAAUAGAGUACAACAACAAGCAAUACAGUACAACAACAAGUAAUAGAGUACAACAACAAGUAAUAGAGUACAACAACAGGUAAUACAGUACAACAACAGGUAAUACAGUACAACACCAGGUAAUAAAAUACAAGUACAGGUAAUAGAGUACAAGUACAGGUAAUAGAGUACAACACCAGGUAAUAAAAUACAAGUACAGGUAAUAGAGUACAACAACAAGUAAUAAAGUACAAGUACAGGUAAUAGAGUACAACAACAGGUAAUAAAGUACAAGUACAAGUAAUAGAGUACAACAACAAGUAAUAAAGUACACAGGUGACUAGAAAGUAGUUGAUGACACAAACGUCAUACAGGUCAUCAAAUACUGGGAGGCCUUCUUACCAGAAGCCAAGGCCAUCUCUUAAACACAGCGACCCACAAUGCACCUGGGCACUUCAGCACUUCCUGUCGGCCUCUUCUUCCUGCUCACAAGAUGGCCGCCCUUUGAUUCCUGUCACUUGACCAAGGUGGAGAAGGCCCCGCCCACUGAUGACAUCAUUGUCAAGCUAGCAUGCUAGCCCACUUGGAGGAUGCUAACUAGCUAGCGUUUGAAUCAUUGCUGCUAACAUGACAUGCUAACACUCUGUUAGCUCUUCUUUUACUUUUUCUACUUUUAGUUCUACUUUUAGCUUGACUUUUAGUCCUACUUUUAGUUUUACUUAUAGUCCUACUUUUAGUUCUACUUUUAGUUCUACUUUUAGUUCUACUUUUAGUUCUACUUUUAGUUCCA